AUGUUAAGACAGGAUGGUAAAGGUAUGCAGAGGUAUAUGUGGUUAUCUACAUUGGUGAAAGGCUGCUUUUUAGGGCACAUUCCGUGUCUUCUACCUCAAAUAUUUUGUUUAAGCGAAAGUAUACCGUUGAGAUGCGCUCGCACAGUGUCACCACGUAUGAAAAUAGCUACGAUGUAUUCGUCGUUAUUUCUAUCAAACGCUACGUAUGAUACGGUAUCGGUCAUCGGUUGCAAAGAUCUAUCUCGCUGUCCUUUAAACGAUAGUCCCGGGCCAACCGUUUUACAUCGCGUGUGUUUUAUUUUCUUAAAGGAGCAUAUUUUAUCCUUUCUAAGCUAUUUAUUGUGGUUUGAUAUGUUUGUGUAG